AUGCUUACUCGUUUCCGCGUUUCUGAGUUAUGUAAAGGUUGGCCUUUGUACCGUGAUGCGUCAGAAUGGACAAAUUAUCGAAGUAUAUUCACCAAAGAGGGUGCUAAGAUCUGGACUUCAUGGAGUGGAGAGAAGGCCAUUGAUGAUUUUAUCAGCGUAUCCAAGGAAGGAAGAAAGAACGUAGAUUUUAUCAUGCACCGCGAAAAUGGAACGUUGGUCGACCUCAACCUUCCUCUUGGUCGAGCCAUUGGAAAAAUGAAGGCCACAAUUACUCAACGAUUCGUUAUCUAG